ACAAGAAAUUUUCACAUCAUGAGAUGACAAUCAUACCUAUCGGAUAUUUACAAAUUAAUCGCGAAGCAUUUUGCAAUCGGGAUAUAAUCUAUCGCAGAAACAGAUCAAUAAUGCAUCACACCAGUCAAGAUGUUGAAAAUCUGGGCAAUGAUGAAAUAGUUGAUUUCUUUGGCCUUCAGCCAGUUCCUUACAAACCAUUAAGCGAAGGGAAACGAAAUGAGAUAUGUGCGCUGAUUGGCUUAUUUCCUCGUGAGAACUGGAUGAUAGAGUCGUCGAUUUGUUGGAUGAGUAUGUAUGAUGAGCCGGAUUUUCUAGUUGCUGUUCCAGGAAACGACAACCGUCUGUAUCAAGCUCUGGCUCAUUAUAUUACCGGUGAUAGUAAUGAUUUCCAUCAAAUCCGACAGGCUAUAAUUCAAUUUGAAGUAGAACAUCCGGCUGAGUUUAUGAACCUGAAACAAUGGGAUAAAAUUGCAUGGCAUUCCCACCUGAACACUUUAUUCUCAAAUACCGAAAAUGGUUCCGACGUGGAACUUUUUGCACUUGCAUCGAAGUUCAAAGUUGAUAUUUGGAUUUUUCAUAAACAACAAUGGUUUUGCUAUAGGCCCAAGUUUCUGGUGGUAAAUGGCCAAUGCAAAAACUUGAGCAUUCAGCAAUAUCACAUUGGCGAAAACGAAGGUAUCUAUCUGCACUACGAGAAUGGCGUCUUUUUUCCCGUGUUUAAACCUUCGGUAUGCUUUGCUGUUGGAAUUCAAGAACUGAUAGCGGUAAUUAUGACACAGCCAUCAUAUCGACUUAUUUCAUUUGUCAAUCAUUUGGGAGAAGAAGUUGACAGUGAAGAAGAAAAGGCUAAUAAAUAUUUUCCGCAGGCCACUAUAUAUCCAAUAUUUGGUGUAACGAAUCGAAAACAUGGAUCCUUUGUGACGAUGAAUCGGUCGAGCAAAUUAGUGAAAGAUCAGUGCAAACGAAAAGCACCACUGGAUACAUUUUUUUCUACCUUCAUAGAGAAGUGUUCGAAAAUGAAUAAUCACGAAGGAGUACUAUAA